AUGUUACAGUCUAUUCAUCUCCGUUUUUCCUCUUCCCCUUCACCUACGAGAAGAAAAUUUUGCGCCCCUUACGAGGUUGGAGGCGGAUAUUCCGAUGAAGAACCGUUCGAAAGAUACGGAACCCAUCAGAGUAAAACGAAUGUCGAGGAUAAAUUAAGUGAAUCUCAGUACGAGGCUCUUCUUAAAGGAGGCGAACAAGUGACCUCCGUUCUUGAAGAAAUGAUAACUCUCAAGUCUUAUCGUCGGAAGCUGCUUUUUAACAGACGACGGAAGAGGCAAGAAAACACACACAAAACAAGUCGACUCUUCGGAAGCCAGUUCUUCUUGGAUUCGUCAUCGGUUUCGGCCAUGGAGAAGGACGAACUUAAGAAACUGAAUCAUCUCUCUCUUGUCUCCAAUGUGUGUAACGAACUGGAAACGCAUCUAGGGGCUACGGAAAAAGUUUUGGCCGAAUUCAUCAUCGACCUUGGCCGCAACUCCGAGACUGUCGAUGAAUUCGAUAAGAAGCUGAAGAAGGAAGGCGCGGAGAUGCCGGAUUAUUUCGUCCGCUCGCUGUUAACUGUAAUCCACGGGAUUUACCCUCCGAAGCCCAAGUCGGAGAGGAAGAAGGACGACGGAGGUAAUGAGAAAUACAAAGGCUUGGCUAUUAGGGAUACUAAGGAUAAAGUGAAGGAGCUUGAGAAGGAGAUUGAAUUGGAAGCUCGGGAGCGACAGAGAGAAGAGGAUCGGAAUAGAGAAAGAGACCGAGGUCGGGAUCGGAGAGAUUCCGGAAGAGAUAGGGAUCGACACAGAGACAGACCUCGUGGAAGUGAAGGUGGAGAAGAUAGAAGAAGCGGUAGGCAUAGAGAAAGAAACCGUGGAGAUGAUGGUGACGAUAGAAGAAGUGAUAGGCAUAGAGAAAGAGGCCGUAGAGAUAGGAAGGAUGAGUACACGGAGGAGGGUGGUGCGAAUGAGCCGGAGCUGUAUCAGGUAUACAAAGGUAGAGUAACGAGGGUAAUGGACGCUGGAUGUUUCGUUCAAUUCGAUAGAUUUAGAGGGAGAGAAGGUCUAGUCCAUGUUUCUCAGAUGGCUACUAGAAGAGUUGACAAGGCAAAAGAUUUUGUGAAGCGUGAUAUGGAGGUUUACGUCAAAGUGAUAUCUAUUUCGAAUGAUAAGUAUAGCCUUUCUAUGAGAGAUGUUGAUCAGAAUAAUGGCACAGAUUUGAUCCCUCUGAAGAAGCCUACAGAGGAUGAUUCAUCCAGGAGCAAUCCAUCGUAUAGAACUAGGGAUGGACAAGUCACCAAGAUUGGGAUUUCGGGGAUCCGUAUCGUGGAGGAGAGUGAUGUUGCGGUUGCGCCUUCACGUAGGCUAUUGAAGAAGAUGAGCUCCCCUGAGAGAUGGGAAGCGAAGCAGUUGAUUGCCUCUGGUGCCUUGAAGCAGAGUGAGUUUCCAAAUUAUGAUGAGGACGAAGGUGGGAUGCUUUAUCAAGAGGAAGGUGCUGAAGAAGAAGAAGUUGAGAUUGAGAUGAACGAAGACGAACCUGCGUUCUUGCAAGGGCAGACCAGGUACUCUGUUGACUUGUCUCCGGUGAAGAUCUUCAAGAAUCCUGAAGGUUCCUUGAGUCGUGCCGCUGCACUUCAGUCCGCACUCACCAAGGAGAGGAGAGAAAUGAGGGAACAGCAGCAAAGAGCAAUGCUUGACUCGAUCCCCAAGGAUCUGAAUCGUCCUUGGGAAGAUCCUAUGCCUGAAAAUGGUGAAAGGCAUCUUGCUCAGGAGCUUAGGGGUGUGGGGUUAUCAGCUUAUGACAUGCCGGAAUGGAAGAAGGAUGCUUUCGGGAAAACCCCGACUUUUGGACAGAGGUCAAAGCUCUCUAUGCAGGAGCAAAGGGAGAGCCUUCCUAUAUACAAGCUGAAAAAGGAGUUGAUACAAGCUGUGCAUGAUAACCAAGUUCUGGUGGUCAUUGGUGAGACUGGGUCUGGUAAGACGACACAGAUGACUCAGUAUCUUGCCGAAUCAGGUUACACCACAAAAGGAAAGAUUGGGUGUACUCAGCCUCGUAGGGUCGCCGCGAUGUCUGUUGCCAAGAGAGUAGCUGAGGAGUUUGGUUGUCGUUUGGGAGAGGAGGUAGGGUAUGCGAUUCGGUUUGAGGAUUGUACUGGACCAGAACGGUGA